GCGGAGCGGCUAUUCCAGAAGCAGGUGGAGACCCUCGUGCAGCUUGAAGGAGCCAAGCCACAGCAGCGACUGAUUGCAUAUCUCCGACCGCCGUUGCCGGCACGUGAUGCCUCGAUGCUGCUCGAUUCCUGCUGCGGGCGCUUGCUCUCACACGCCAGGCCGGCGCAGCUCGUGGGGGUGCUGGAGUGGCCUAGGACAAACACUGGCAAGAUCGACCGCAAGUUGCUGCGCCCGCCGGCGGCUGCGAAAGCAGGUCGAGUCCGUCAGGCCGCUCAUCUUGGGGCCGACCGCUUCGUCACGCGAGCACCCCGGGCUCCUGUCUCCAGGCAGCGGCAAAAAGGUUGGCAGGUCCUCCGUGCAGUGCUGGCUGGUGCUGUGGCUUGCCGCUUUCGUCCUUGGCGCAUGAUCUGCUGGCCCCUGGCGUGGAUGUCAUGGGUUUGGCUCCUCGCUCCUGGCUCCUCUGACGCCUUGUUUGCACAGGACUUGAGCUCGCGGGUCCCCUGGCUCUUGAGCUUGGCGGUGACGGCCCUCCUGCCGAGACAGGCCAUGCUGCUUGCUGCUGCCUUCGCAGGCUGGAAGAUCGGUCUUCGCCGGGCGCUUGCAACACCUCUGCUGUGGUGGAUGGGUCUGAGCAACAUAAACGGCCAGCUUUGCCGCGAACUGGAGUGGUACAGCUGGUAUUUACACCCGCUUCGCGUUCGGCAGCUUGCGAAGCUGGUCUUCGACAGUAUCAUGGACCUGCUUCGUGGCAAGACCUUUCGCGCCCUACGCGGCAAGCGCUCCGCUGAUUGGGACUGGGACAUCGCGCCGCGCCGACAAAGACAGCGCCCUCGGCUGGAGUACGUUUGGGUGGAGCCUGUCUCCGAACUGACGGGGGCCGAGGAGUACUCGGGACAGUCGCGAGGUGAUCUCCCCUACUCCCUGUUGCAGCUUCUGGAGAGGUUGGACAAGGAGGCAGGAUUCGAGCUCGCUCCUGACAUGGCUUUGGCCUCUGCAUUCGACUCUUUGAAGCUCACGGCUCUCGUGGGAGUCCUGCGGCGAAAGCAGGCCCCGAAGCUCUCGUUGAGGGAUGCCCUGGCUUGCGACACGGUCCUGGACUUCUUGAAGCUUCUUGCAGGGAGGAGUGGUGCAGAUUCUGCAGAUCCACCGCACAGGGACAUGGCUGGGCCCAGGGGCCAAGCCGAUGGUGACUUCCGAGUUCGGGAGUGGCCCUACAUGUUUUCACUGUCGGUCUGCUGGGCACUGGACUCAAAAGAGCCAGUGCAGAAGGAGGUGCUCUGUCGCAGCUUGCAGAAGCUGAAGCGGAAGCACGGAGCUUUGCGCAUGCAACUUGCAGACCCGCCUGCCUUGUGGGAUUUUGCCAUGGACGCCGCUUCGAACCUCUCCUUCUCCAGAGCGGUGCUACUACGGGGGGCCUGGGCCCCUCGGUUUCCGGGCCUACCGGCGAGGAUCUUGAAUGGCGUGGGGUUUCUGCUGUGGACGGCCUGGCCACGCUUGACGCAGACAGAAGAUACCGAGGUGCCAGUGGAGGUGGUCCAGUGCCAAAGCCGCGAACAACUGGAGCAACGCUCAGCCUGGUUGUUGGAUGGACGAAAUGCACGCAACUUCCUCACGGGGCCACUGCAUGCCGUCUUGCUGGAGUUGCCGGGUAUGGGAUCUCGGCUCCACAUCGCCGUGAGCCACGGGCUGUCUGAUGGCUUUUCUGGGAUGCCUUUGCUACAGGACUUCGUUCGCCUCUACGAUGCUGAGCUUGCAGGCCGACCGUCCGAAGAAGCCCCGGAGGAUGCUUUCUUCGGCCUUAGGAAGCAGGAAGUUCGGCUGCAGGAGACUUUGGUCAGGGCAGGCUCCGGCGGCGAUCACCAAGCCGACUUAGGCAGCUGGGCCUUGCCAGCCGCAAGUGCCGAUGCCUUCGACCAUUUCGUGUGGCUGCAGCAAGCGACAAUGACCACCCUCCAGACUGUUGUCGAGCGACGGAAGUGGUGCUGCUCCUUGGACGUGGCUGUAUUGGCACUGAUCGGCGGGGCCCUCGCACGGCGGAACCCUACGGGCUCCCUGCACCUGCGCUUCGUGGCAUCUGCCCGGGAUGCCCCUGGGGAAGGAAGUGUCGUCGCAGAUUUCGCAGACUCCAGGGAUUUGGACCUCACUUUUCCGGCCGGGACCACUGUGGAGCAGGCCGUGUUCGCGAUUGCCUCUUGUGUCCGUCACCGACGAUGGCAUCUGCCUGAUCCUCUCACCGACGCCGAGGAGCGCACCUAUAUCAACGUGAGGCCCUUGUUGCAAGGGUUGAACUCGCCAUCGUCGUGGCAUCACACCACUCAGUGGCCUCCGGUGGAGGGCGAACGCAACUGGGAUCGCCGGAACGUAUACCAUGCCCUUUGGAUCAUGGCAGACCAGGUCGGGCCACUGGAGUGGGUGCUAUGCCUCAAGGUUCGAAAGUCCCGUCGCGAAGCCACAAGCCUCGGGGCGGUCAUUGAGGGCCUUCUUCUGGACCUGCACGACAGGCCCGAUGCAGACUUGCUCGAAACCGAGCGCCCGCGCUCCUGA